AUGAACGCCCCAGUGAUCAGAAAAAUACGCACCCGACGCGAAUACAUCCCCCUAUCCCUCGUCGAAUUUGCUCGUCUCAUCGAUCUUGGCUGGAUCAAUCCACGUCUUCCAAUCGACGUCUCCACCCUGUGGGCCACUCAGAAAUUCCAAAUCAACCCGAAAAUCCUACAAUACAACUUCGAUUUAACCGAAAAGGGGGCCGACUCGUUUCCCUAUCCAAUCGAUAUCGAAGUACAGUAUGCCACACAAUCGGCGAUCGCUGCAGUUGAGAAGGCUGGCGGCCGGGUGCGAACCGCGUAUUACGAUGUGGAGAGUCUUGAAGCGGCGGUGAAUCCGAAGGCGUGGUUUGAAAAAGGACGCGUGGUUCCGAGAAGGAAGACGCCGCCAGCUAGUCUUAUCGAAUAUUAUAUGGACGCGAAGAAUCGUGGAUAUUUGUGUGAGGAGACGGAAAUUGAGAAGGAACGUCAAUUGAGUGCUGAUGUUAGAGGAUACGAGCUGACGGAGACGCUGAAAAUCACUUCUGCAUUGAAAUCGAUCGAUCAAGUGUUCCACGGAAUUCCAUCUGGAUGCGUCGUUUCAUUGGCUGAUCGGAAAGUGUUCGCACCGAAAAAUGAAACCUAUCAAGGUAAUCAAGAGCAACAAGAGAAGUUAAUGGGUCAUCAUCGGAUGCUCGUCCAAUUUUGGAACUCAAUAUUCUGUGAAGAAAUUUGUUAA